ACCCUUCCCCUCCUGAGCGAGCCAGGAUAUUUAAGAGGCGGCAUCGGCAGCAGCGGCUCUAGUCGGUCAGCUCUUCCAUCCUUCAUCCCCUCCGGCAGGCAGGCAGGUCCGUCUGUCCGGCCGGCAGUGGGAUUCUGGGGUUCAGCCCCACCCAGCGGGACCUAGGAGCCCUGCGCCCCCAGGCUGGCCAUGCAACCCCCGGGAGUACCGUUUGCUUGGCUCACGCUGCCCCUGCUUGUCCAGGCGGCCCCCGAUGGCUCUUGGUGCUAUGAUUUCCAGAAUCCCCAAUGUGGCCCCUCCCAUUGGAAGGAUGUAGCCCACACCUGUGGGGGCUCAGCUCAAUCGCCCAUCGACAUUGACCGGCACCAAGUGAAGCUGGACCUGGGCCUGGGCCCUUUUAUAUUUGAAGGAUAUGACUCAGCACCCCCAGGCCCCUGGUGGCUCCUGAAUGAUGGACACACUGUGAGGCUGAACCUGGGCAGGGUCCGGGACCAAGCCCAGGGCCAGCUGUGCAUCCGGGGAGGAGGCCUGCCCCACAUCUACUGUGCCCUGCAGCUCCACUUCCACUGGGGCAGCCCCACAGGCAAUGGCUCUGAACACACUCUGGAUGGGCAGCGUCAGCCUAUGGAGAUGCACAUGGUCCACAUGAACACCCUCUACCAGAGUCUGGAGGAGGCCCGGGGCCAUCCUGGUGGCUUGGCUGUGUUAGCCUUCCUGUUCAAGGUGCAGAAUGAAGACAAUACCAACUACAACACCAUUGUGUCUGGGCUGAGGAACGUUUCUCACCAGGGGGAGUCUGUGGAAUUGGCAUCCACCUUCCGCCUGGACAAGCUGCUGCCUGGCCAUGCCCUCCUCUCCCGAUACUACCGCUACCCCGGGUCCCUGACCACACCAGCUUGUGAUGAGGUCGUCCUCUGGACCAUCUUUGAGGAGCCUGUCCCCAUUGGCAAGGCUCAGCUGGCCCAGUUUGUGUCCACCCUACAGGCCAGUCCCCCUGGCGCUCAAGCUGUCAGCAUGAUCAACAACUUUCGCCCAGCCCAGCCGAUUGGGGCCCGAAGGGUCUUGGCCUCCCCGGAUGCCACAGUCAGCAGUGCCCCACCCUUCUGCCUUCUGACAGAAAUGUGGGCCCUGCUCUGCCUGCUCCUCAGCAUAGGGUGGGGGCCUGGCUUGGCGGGAGCGCCUUGACCCUCUUCAUACUUGUCCUUCUGGCCCAGCCUUUCCCCACUCUCAGUGUUCCUGGUGGUUCCCCAAGCGCUCCCUAUGGGAGUGUCAGUGUGGGGGGAAAGAGCCUGGAGCCAAGGAAGUGCUGGGGACCAUCAUUGGUGCUUGCUGUGUGACCUUAGGGAAAUUGGUUGGAUUCUCUGGGCCCUACCUUCUUCAUCAAUCAAAUGGCGGGAAACCCCUGCUCUACAGACUCGACAGGCUUGUUGAACAUCAGAUUCAAUGGUGGAUAUAAAAGGGCUUGGGGAGUUCCACGCCUGCUGGAGAUUCAGUGAGAUAUGACGGGAGGGCCAGGGGCCGAGAAGGCUUUCCCCUCUCCAGGCCUCAGCAUCUGCCGCUCACUCAAACACUUCUAGGUUGGUUUCUAGGUCUCUAAAGUUUUUCCAAGUGUAUAUAUUCCUAGGGCUACAGAAUCCAAAGCUGGAAGGGACCUUAGGGAUUACCCAGUUCAACCCUCACAUGUUAUUCUGUUCUAAGGCCCCUUCCAGUUCUGACAGCCCCUAUUGUAAGGUUCCCCUCCUAGCUUUGACAUUCCUUAUUCUAAGGUCCCUCCCAGCUUUGACAGUCCCUGUUCUCAGGUUCCCCUCUCAGGUCUGACAUUCCCUGUUCUAAAGUUCCCCUCCCAGCUCUAGCAGUCUGAGCUAAGGUUGCCCUCCUAGCUCCAAAAUUCCCUGUUCUAAACCUCCCCCCAGCACUGACAUUCCAUAUUCUAAAGCUCCUCCCAGCUCUGACAAUCCCUGUUCUAAGGGCCCUUCCAGCCCUGACAUUAUGUUCUACAGCUAAUUACACCCCCUCCCCUCUUAUGUUUAUCCUCUGACUUCAGCCAUGCCAACCCCCUCCUGGGCUCAGCCAUACCUGUCUUCUUUCUUCCCCAGUACCUUACAUGCAGUGCCAUCCCUUCCUUCCUCAUCCCUUCCCCACUCCCUUCCUCAU